AUGUUCGCCAGAUUUCGUAAUUUAUUUUCAAAAUCCAAACCGGAUCCUGAGCCAGGACCGGAAGAUAAUACUGGCGCUACAAAAGAAAAUGGUAUCGAAAUUCCUAUAAUUGAAGUGACAAAUGAAGAUGAUAAAGAUGAAAUACUAAUACACAGUAAUGGAAUAUUAGAACAAGAAAAUAAAAAAAAGAUACAAAGUUUAGAUGAUACCAUAGAUGAUCUACAAAAAACUGUAGAUGAAUACUUAUCAAAUGAUAUAGGAAUUGAAAAUGAUAACUAUGGUGAAAGUGAAAUAAAUGUUGACAAAAUUAAAGAAAAUAAUAGCACUGAAGAAAGUGCAAAUAAUUUGGAAAGCACAACUUCUUCAGCAAAGGGUGUUGAAGAAAAGCUAUUAAAAAGUACAGAUCUAAGUGAAGUCAAUAAAACUAAUAAAGAAACUGCAGAAGUUGAAGAAAAAUCUCAAAAUAAAAUUAGAAAAGAAGUUAAAAGUGUUUCCUUUGAUUUGGAUAUUGAGUACAUAGAUGACAACGCCAGUGAAGUUGAAAAUGAAAUUGUAGAAAAUCAGCCCGAAUCCUCAGUUGACAAUAGUAAUGAAGCUGAAAAAGCUGAUAAUCAAAUUGUAGAAACUGCAUCGGAAGCUUUAGCUGACAGCAUUACUGUUGAUAAUGAUACUGCAGAAGACAUGCCCAGAUACUUAGACGACAGUAGCAAUACAGCUAGCAAUGAUAUUAGAGAAAAUGCACAUGAAGCCUCAGUUGACAGCAGUAAUGAAGUAAAUAAUGAAACUGUGGAAAAUUCACCCAGAUCUUUAGCUGACAGUAGUAAUGAAGCUGAAAGUGAAAUUAUAGAUAAUACACAUGAGACCUCAAUUGACAGCAGUAAUGAAAUUAAUAAUCAAACUACAGAAAAUGCACAUGAAGCCUCAGUUGACAGCAGUAAUGAAGUUAAUAACCAAACUGUGGAAAAUUCACCCAGAUCUUUAGCUGACAGUAGUAAUGAAGAAGCUGAUAGCGAAAUUAUAGAUAAUGCUCAUGAGAUCUCAAUUGACAGCAGUAAUGAAAUUAAUAAUCAAACUACAGAAAAUGCACCUAAAUCCUUAGUUGACAAUAGUAAUAAAGUUAAUAAUGAUAUUGUUGAAAAUAUAGCUGAGUUCUCAGUUGAGAGCAGUACGAAUGAAAUUAGUUCUAUAGAAAACGAUAAAGAUAUAACUAAUGAAACCGAAAUAAAAAGUUAUAAUGUAGAGAACGAUAAUACUUUCAUGUCCACUGAAUAUCCUAAAGUUGAUACCAUAGAAAAUUUACAAAACUUAACUUUAAAUAAUUACAGUGUUGUAGCAGAUGAUUUAUCAAGUGAUACCCCGAAUUCUGUUGGUGAGACUGAUGUGGAAAACAAUGCGCAAGACGAAAACACUAGUGCAACCACAUCAUCCACAAUAAUUGUGCAACCGACAGCAAAUAAUGAAAUUGGUUGCAAAGCAAUUUCACAAAAAUUAACUGAUAUUGCAGAAGUGGCAGAAUCAUUGGAUGCUGUUAUACGUGAUAUACAAAAUGAUAGUGAUGUACUGGAUAUUAACUCAAAUUCUUCAGAAAGGAAACUUGAGACCUUACGCAGCAAUAGCAGCGAAGAUUGGCACUCUCGCUCUACUGAAGAUGAUUCAUUUGCAACCGCAUCGGAGGGUAAUUUUACACCGCAUUCACAAUCUUCAUCGUUUCAAACAGCUUCAGGACGCACAUCGUCUUUUAUCAGUUCAGAUAAAAAUUCAUUUGAUGCAAGCGAAGCAGAUGAUUCGACUUUUGCAUUUGAUAUGCCUGAACUUGCUUCACCGGUUAACAUGUCAUAUGACGGCUCAGAACAUAGUUUUUUAUCAGCAUUACAGACUUCACCCAUUUUAUUGCAACACCAGCAACAACAACAACAAUUACUUUAUGAAAAUGAUAAUGUUAUAGGUGCAGCAGCAGGAAUACAAAAUGCCAAUAAUGAUGAUCAGGCAAGUGUUGCUGAUAUAGAAGAUUUACACAGUGAAAGUGUUACACCCACACCGGAUGAUAAUCAACGAAUAUUUAAUAGUAUACAAAUCGAAUCAGAAACCGAAUUAGAAUCAUGCAUCGCAGAUGCACCAUCAAUGGAAAUUUUGACUGAACUUGAACCGGUCACAUCGGUGACACCAGAGAAAUUUUAA